AUUGAAGCGCGGCUACUCUACCACAAAAUUUUGGGGAGAACCGAAAAAAAACCCAAGUGGCCCACUAAGGCAGACAUUUCCUUUAUUUUUAUCUGCUUUUUUUUUCUUUCCAUUUUUCGAAUAUCGAUCUGACAUGGUUCGAAAUCACUCCCGUCCACGAAAGGCUUCCAAGGAUUCGUCCGCCACAACCAAUGGACAUGUUAAACCUUCUGAGAACGGUCAUGAUCAGAGCUUGGAGGAAAAGCCACCAGUGUCCUUUUUUGUCAGUCGGAUUUCUUCGUUACCCGUAGUCCAGGACAGCGUGUCGUACUGCCAUGAGACAUCAUUGGGAAAACUGGCUACCAUGACAUUGCAAACUGUCCAUCGCUACACCUAUCCCCCUCCUGAAUAUGUCCAAACCUACUAUAAAACCUACGUGCAACCCCAGCUUGAAAAGGCUGACCAAUUGGGAUGCCGAUCCCUCGACAUGAUUCAGACUCGAUUCCCAGAGAUCAAUCAACCUACCGCCGAACUCGUCGACUCGAUCAAACGUCCUUCGUAUCAGUAUAUCGAAAACUUGACUACGCCGGCUCAACGAAUGGCUGAAACGGCCAAUCAUCGCCUUGGCACCGUCGUCGAUCGGGCGCAAUCCAUGUUGGAUCAGUAUUUACCGAAACCUGAAACGAUCCAAGAACAAGUUCAAGAAGAGACACGCAAUGUGGAACAUCACGAAGCCGAAUCCAAUCAAAUGGUACGCGCUUAUCGUUUGGUGUCAGAAACGCCUUCUCGUUUGACGCAUCAAGUGUCCAGGUUACGAACGCGUCAAGAAAUUAUACAGUUGACCGAUCCAUCCUUGCUUCUUCGCACGGCGACAAGUCACUGGCAGAAUUUGCAAGCCGCCCUGACAGAAACAAUGAUGGUGUAUGCUCAAACCGCUCAUUCACGACUUCCAACAACCGUCACAGAUCGUCUGCAGCAGCUCCAAACAGCAGCUGUCAACACGAUGCAACAACUAUCGGGCCACAUCCAGCAAUUCGCUUCGUAUGUCAAAGCACAGAAAUCGUCGCCAGAAUGGUUAACAUCUCGGCUUCAAUCGGCGGCCGAUCUGACCAACCAGCAGUUGGAGUGGAUGCGCGCGGAAUUAGCCCGCAAAGAUCUUUCGGCCUACGAUAAAGCGAAAAACGUGGCCCAAGGUUUGCAAAGCCAACUGUUGCCAGUGCUUGAAACGCUGCAAUCCCAACUUCAACCUUGGAUGGAAGCCUUACGCCAUGCGGCUGUGAUUGAAGUGAUUUUUGACAAGGACGCAUCCAAAGAUCCCCGACCUGUGCAGCCACAAGUCAAUGAGAACCAUCAAUGAGCCAUGCAGAAACACUAAUAAAGAACAAAGUUUGAACACACAGACAAACCGUGUAUCUAUUGUGUAACGGUAUGGCGGGGGGGAUUUGUUUAAUCCCAGAAAGGGAAAAAUAAAAAAGUCGAUGAAUUAAAAUUCAAUCAUCAACCUCCAAAAAGCUUUUUUUUACACGUUUGGGUUGC